CCUUUACAGUUGUUUUGCUGGGCGGGUGUUGGGAGGUGGGGUGCACAUGCAUUGAUUAUAGCGUUGUGAGCUAAGCGUGGAUUUAGGGAUUUAGGAGCAGGAUGAAGAUUGUGGCAGCGACCCCACCCCCCUCACAACCUGUGAGCGGCCUGAAACUAGGGAUCGUACGGCUAGGAAGAGCAGCAGGAAAGACAAAAUAUGCACUUUUGGAUGAGAGAGACAUCUGCUUGGUACAACAAUAUGCCUUUGAAGCCAGAGUUGAGAUUGACCGGGAUGGGAAUGGUGCCGCCAUUUAUGCCUGGGCCUACGACAUCACUCGGGGCAGGACCUCGGGCCAGUACGUCCACAACCUCCUCUGGGAGAAGCAUAGAGGAGGAAUUGCGUCUGGAUGGAAGGUGGUCCAUUUAAACAAUGUGACUGUAGACAACAGACUGGAGAACCUUGCAUUAGUACCAGUAGGAGCCAAGCGGCCUGCUACAACACAGACUGCAACACCAAGAGACCAAUCUUUGUACUGGGUUGCUAUCCAACAGCUACCUGCAGACCCAGUAGAGGAACAAUAUGGUGAUUUUGUAGUAACACGAUACUUCAAUGCCAAUGGUGAAGUAGUGGAGGAAGAGGAAGAUUGUUAUUAUGAGUGCCGGUACCCUCCCUGUACCAACAUAGAAAAAGAAUUACGAGAGUUUUCAAUAUGUGGUAGAUGUCAGGAAGCAAGAUACUGUGGUACAUAUUGUCAGCAGAAGGAUUGGCCUGUCCAUAAGAAACUUUGUCGAGAAAAGAGACGACCUUGUCUGACUGAGAGACCUCCUGAACGCUAACAUCCGCCCAUGCUAGUCCCACAUCUAUGGUAGACACCCAUACUUUUAUAUAUUGGAGGAUUAUUUGAAUUUCACUUAACCCUCAUAUAAAUCAUCAUUUUACAAUGAAAAUUAUGACAAAUAGUCUUUCAAAAGUUCGACAGUCCUACUUGUUUACAGGUUAACAAGUAAUUUUUGUGUUCUCACAUCCGGGUAAAAUGAGGACAAACUGUAUACGAAUCCACGAGGAAAAUAUUUGUUACAUUGGUGAGUGAUGGGUAAAAUUUUUAAUAUAGAGCACCAUGGUUGAUAAGUGUGUGAUACAUUAUGCCAUUGGUCUCAACUUAAAGUUUUAAAAAUAUUUUCUUAUUGAUUGACAAAAAAAAUUAAUAUAAAUACGUACAGUACUGUACUGUAUAUGUAUUGUGGAAGUUUUUUGGCGGUAAUUACCCGAUUAAUGGCAUUGUUACUUUUAGAGUUUAUUUAAAGAGUACUGUACCUGUAUGAAGGACAUAAGACUGAAAGUAUGGUCAAGUUAACUAGUUACUUAUAUAACCUCCUCCAAUAUGAUGAGAUUGGGUUUCUGCCACAACUAAUAUAAGUAAUUACAGUUAACAAGUGAACUGGAUAAUAAAAGUUUCAAGUCCUUAGUGAGUAUGAAUAGUCAAGUACUGAUACAAGAAGCAAGACGUGUGUGUGUGUGUGUGUAUAAGAUUUGAUAAUUAAUAACUGCUAAAACUUAAUAUGCAGUUUAUCUUGGUAAUCUAAUGAGUGGUGGUUAAUAUUAUGUGACAGCUUGUAUUUCUAAAGUACUAAAAGACUAUGACAAUUAUUUCUUUACUGGUUUUAAAUUGAGAAAAAAAUACGAGCCAUAAAACACAAUAAUUCAAGUGUAAUUGUUUCAUAAGAGUGAGAUUUCUGUAAUUCUUAUAAUUUUUUUACUGCAGGUAUACUGCUCUGCUCAUGACACUUGUAAGAACAGGAGCAAGGAGGAGGAAGUGCCUCUGACACUUGCGCAGGCAUCAAGUGGUUUAAAAUAAUAUAUAUACCUUUUUAAUGGGAGAUUUAAUAAUUUGCUAUUAAAAUACUAAGUUGUCUUUAAGAAAAACUCUUUAUCUAACAUGUAUACUUUUUUGCUAACUUGGAAUCAGGGUGUAGCUAUUUGAACAUGUGAUUAUGUUCUUGGGCUUUGAAGGAAUAUAUAUUUGUAUAUCUAGUCGAAGGGAUAUUGUACUAUACUCUUAUUCUGAUGGCUCAUUUUGUGCUUCCCUACUGUAUGUAUGUUUGUUUGUCCAGUUCUAGCAACUCAUUCCUAUGAGCAUUUCACGUUUCAUGUAAUACAGGUAAAGAAUUUAUUGAUUAACCACCUAAUGUUGCCUAUGUAUGUUUCAUGAUUUUUUAUAACAUUUUAGAUAAUUUUGUUGUGUGUAUUGAGCGAUACAGAAACUGUAGUGAUAGCAAUAUUAUACAUACAUGUACUUUUUCCACUAAUUCUUUAACAGUGUUUUGGCGCUAUUUAUUGUACAAAAAUUCAAUGGCAUGUUUUACUUAUAAACCUUAAAUAUUAUUAAAUGCAGCAUAGUCAAGCGUAUUGAUGAACUGUUACAAAUUAACAAUAUGUUAAAACUAAAAUUCCAGAGGCUGAUCUUGUACCAACAGGUAAUUUCACUGAUAUUUUUUAUUUUUUUAUUACCUGAAACUUUAAUUUACCAAGAAUCCUUUAGCAUUAGCUUAUUAAUGUUAAUAAGAUUAAAACAAAUAUUUGAAAUAAUACAAAUUUGGAGUACCUGUUUUAUUAAUUCUGCUUUCAGGAUAUUUUACAAAUACACAGUUCAUCUAUUUUUUUAUGAAAAUGUUUAUUUGUGCCUGUGUAGAAUUUUGAGGAAAUAAGAUGCAAGAUCUAUGCCUUUAUGUGGAACAGAAGUGGUUUAGUGUAUCAAGUGCAAUGCUUGCUCAACUUCUCAUUCCAUAGGAGCUGUAUGUAAUGAUUUGGAAAAUGGUUUUAAUCUGUGUUGCAAUAUAUAUAUAUAUAUAUAUAUAUAUAUAUA